UUGGAGACUUUCUCUCUCUCUCUCUCUCUGUUGUGUCUGUGGCAGGAAGGAGUGUAAAUAAAGGGAAAACAAGUGGGGAGACUGUGAACACAGUUGCAGUUCUCCUAGUAACUAGACUAAGUUGGUGAGAAGCGUGGAAGUGACUUGCAAGGCAACAGUGGAAAACAACACUGUUCCCUGGAGCCAGCUUACCUAAAGACCAGGCAGGCUUUGCUUUUGUUUGUGUUUGGGGCUUGAGAGUUUUGCCUCCACCUGCCUGCAAGUUCCAGAGAAGCAUGUCUCUGGCAGUGAAGAAGAGCCAAGUGCGCCUGGUGUUUCUGGGGGCAGCGGGGGUCGGCAAGACAUCCCUCAUCCGGCGAUUCCUGCAGAACACAUUUGAGCCAAAGCAUCGCCGGACAGUAGAGGAGCUGCACAGCAAGGAGUAUGAGGUUAGUGGGAUUACCUUCAAGGUGGAGAUCCUGGACACGAGUGGUAGUUACUCUUUCCCAGCAAUGCGCAAGCUCUCCAUCCAGAACAGUGAUGCUUUUGCAUUGGUCUAUGCUGUUGAUGAUGCGGAGUCCUUUGAGCGUGUGAAGACUUUACGUGAGGAGAUCCUUGAGCUGAAAGAGGAUAAAUUCCCACCGAUUGUAGUAGUGGGCAAUAAGGCUGAAGCUGGUGGGCUUAGACAAGUGUUGCCUGAAGAUGUUCUCUCCUUGGUGGAGCUUGACUGGAACAACCGUUUCCUGGAGGCAUCUGCUAAGGAAAAUGAGAAUGUGAUGGAAGUUUUCAGGGAGCUGCUUCAGCAAGCCAACCUGCCCAGCCAGCUGAGCCCUGCCGUGCGGAGAAGACGUGAGACUUUCUCCAGCGAAGCCCCACUGAGGCCCCCCAUGAACAAAGCUAAUAGUUGCACCGUCUGUUGAACUAUGUGAGAAUGACAGCAUCAAGAUGAUUUUUUU